ACCAAACCGUGAGUGUCAACUCACUGUUCGCGUCUCCAAAAAAAUUAUAAAAAAAAAAAAUCUACAUAAAAAAUAUAAAAAUCCAUAAAACCGCAAUAAAAAAAGAAACCAGUUUUAUUAGAUCGAAUUUCAUUUGAACUUAUUUUUCCUAAAUCAAGCGAACCUCGGUGUUAGGCAGCGAGUCCAAGGCGCAGCUGUCAGUGUUACCGCAGCUUCCAAUUCAAAAGUUCCUGCGCGUAAAAGGAGACGCGCACGCACCGGAUCCACCGCGCUAACGCAGACGCGCACUCGGACUCUCGGUCAGUCAGUGACACGGCGAUCAUGAACGCGGCGGGCAGCAGCUACCCCAUGGCCUCUCUGUACGUGGGUGACCUGCACCCGGACAUCACCGAGGCCAUGCUGUAUGAGAAGUUCAGCCCGGCCGGACCCGUCCUCUCCAUCCGCGUGUGCCGCGACAUGAUCACUCGCCGCUCGCUCGGAUACGCCUACGUGAACUUCCAGCAGCCACCCGACGCUGAGAGAGCUCUGGACACCAUGAACUUUGACGUGGUGAAGGGGAAGCCCAUCAGGAUCAUGUGGUCGCAGCGAGAUCCGUCGCUCCGUAAAUCCGGCGUGGGAAACGUCUUCAUCAAGAAUCUGGACAAGUCCAUCGAUAACAAAGCCCUGUACGACACCUUCUCCGCCUUCGGGAACAUCCUGUCCUGCAAGGUGGUCUGCGAUGAGAACGGUUCCAAGGGCUACGCGUUCGUACACUUCGAGACUCAGGACGCCGCCGACCGUGCUAUCGAGAAGAUGAACGGGAUGCUGCUGAAUGACCGCAAGGUGUUUGUCGGGAGAUUCAAGUCCAGAAAAGAGCGAGAAGCCGAGCUGGGUGCCAAAGCCAAAGAGUUCACCAACGUCUACAUCAAGAACUUUGGCGAGGACAUGAACGAUGACCGACUCAAGGACCUCUUUGAUAAAUAUGGUAAAACUCUGAGUGUGAAGGUGAUGACCGACCCAACGGGAAAAUCAAGAGGGUUUGGUUUCGUCAGCUAUGAGAAACACGAGGAUGCAAACAAGGCGGUGGAGGAGAUGAACGGUACGGAGCUGAACGGUAAGGCCGUGUUUGUCGGCCGCGCUCAGAAGAAGAUGGAGAGACAAGCCGAGCUGAAGAGGAAGUUCGAGCAGCUCAAGCAGGAGAGAAUCAGCAGAUACCAGGGUGUGAACCUGUACAUUAAGAAUCUGGACGACACCAUCGACGACGAGAAGCUGCGUAAGGAAUUCUCUCCGUUCGGCUCCAUCACCAGCACCAAGGUGAUGCUGGAGGAGGGUCGCUCUAAAGGUUUCGGCUUCGUGUGCUUCUCCUCUCCUGAGGAGGCCACCAAGGCCGUGACGGAGAUGAACGGGCGCAUCGUGGGCUCCAAGCCGCUCUACGUGGCCCUGGCACAGCGCAAAGAGGAGCGCAAGGCUCACCUCACCAACCAGUACAUGCAGCGCAUCGCCGGCAUGAGGGCAAUGCCCGCCAACGCCAUCAUCAACCAGUUCCAGCCCACCAGUGGCUACUUCAUGCCCGCCGUGCCUCAGGCGCAGAACAGAACUACCUACUACGCGCCCAGCCAGCUCACCCAGAUGAGGCCCAACCCACGCUGGCAGCAGCAGGGGGUCCGAGGUCAAGGAGGCUUUCAGGGCGUCCCCAACUCGCUACGCCAGCCCGGCCCUCGCGCCAACAUCCGACACAUCUCCCCCAACGCCAACGCCCAAGGACCUCGAGCCAUGCCAACAGGUGCCCACAGAGGGGCUGGCACCGGGCAGUCUAUGGGUGCCCGACCUGCGCUCGGCAUGAGCGCACCUCGUGCCAUGCCACCCUACAAAUACGCCGCGGCCGUACGCAAUGCCCAGCCUCAGGUGGUACCACCCAUCGCCUUACAGCAGGCCCAGCCGGCGGUUCACGUGCAGGGUCAGGAACCCCUGACGGCCUCGAUGUUGGCCGCGGCUCCUCCUCAGGAACAGAAGCAGAUGCUGGGUGAGCGUCUGUUCCCGUUGAUCCAGGCCAUGCACCCCACCCUGGCAGGAAAGAUCACCGGGAUGCUGCUGGAGAUCGAUAACUCAGAACUGCUGCACAUGCUGGAAUCCCACGAGUCUCUGCGCUCCAAGGUGGAGGAGGCCGUCGCGGUGCUGCAGGCUCACCAGGCGAAGAAAGACGCGACUCAGAAGGCCGGAGUCGUCGCCGCUGCUACGUCCUGACGAGGGGAACUCGCGCUCCGAACGGCUGCAGUUCAUACAGCAGACGUGACUCCUACACUGACUGAUGCAUCAUCUUACAACCAGAUACAUCCAUAGAAAUAAAACUACAAAAAUGCCAAAAAAAGAGUAAAAAUGAAAGCUAAAAACAUACUUGAACGUUUUAAUGCAGGGCUUCUAUUUUUAUUCAUUUUUAAAUGAACACCCCCGAGCCUAUUUAAAGUCUAUUUAAACGUGGAGACGUGUGGCCAGGAUGGAACGAACCCUUUUUACUACGAGGCCAUUCAGUGUGAGAGCUGUGUGUGGUACGGUGUGGUCCUCUAAAUAAAGGGAGAAUCAUUUCAAACAGUU